AUGCAAGCAAAAAAUCGUAACUACAGCCAUGAUGCACAUCCUGCACCACGAGGUGCAGUCUCGGUGGUUGACCAAGGAAGCACACAAGGGGCGAAAACCGUGAGCAAACGAUCAGUCGAUGAGGGAGGAAAGGAGAUUUCGCAGCAGCAAGUGUCGGGGCAGUAUGAAAGCUACGUAGCGUUGCCACUGCGAAAUGGAAUGUCCGAACAUGAAGUGAGUAGACCUUCAGAAGUGGCCUUGGACGAUGUGGGUGAACCCUCGUCCUUAAGUGAAAGUGUACCGAGGAGAAACGGUGCGAGUCGCAAAAGGUGUGCGAUAUUACUCUCCACAGGAUUAAGUGUGGUGUUCUCCUGA